GUCAGACAUAUGAUGGGCAGAGAUUUUUCUCCCAUACCCUGAAUUACUUCUCUGUGGAUGGACAGUACCCUUUGAUGUCUAAGUUUCUUGACUCACUUUUUUCUAUCAUUGUCAGUAAGGUUUUUUUAAAGAUUUAUUUAUUUAUUUUAUUAUAUGGGUAUUUUGCCUGCAUGUUUAUCUAUGCACCACAUGCAUGUAGUAUGUGUAGAAGGUAAAGGGGGUUCAGAUUCCCUGGAACUGGAGUAGCAGGUGGUUGUGAAUCACCAUAUGAGUGCUGGGAACCAAACCCAGGUCCUCUGGCAAAGCAGCCAGCACUCUUAACCACUGACCCAUCUCUCCAGUCUCUGUAGUUGGUGUUUUUAGUACCGUGUCAAGUGUCUCUUUCUUUUGCUUUGUUUGUCCUACAUGAAACUAAACAGGUACGCACAGAGCCAGGUCAUGUUUCCAAGUCCAGACGCGCUCCCUGCCGGCAGCAGUGCCUCCACCCCUGUCCUGCUGAUGGGCCAGGCGGUGCUCCAUCCCAGCUUCCCCACAUCCCAGCCAGCACCGCUGCAGCCAGCACAGGCUCAGCAGCAGCCCCCACACUACCUGCAGGCACCAACAUCUCUGCACAGUGAGCAGCAGGACUCGCUCCUUCUCUCUAACUUCUCCCAGCAGCCCGGGACCCUGGGCUACGCAGCAACCCAGCCCGCACAACCGCAGCCCCCACGCCCUUCCCGCAGGGUCAGCCGGCUGUCCGAGUCCUCAGGUCUCCAGCAGCCACCCCGAUAGUGCCCUGACACUGGAGUCCAGACGCAACCAGCUUUAACCAAUGGAAGAGGAGGGGGUGGCCGUGGGGAAAACGGGAAGAAAGGUUUACAUGGCUUUGGCACACACCCCCGCAUACAUUUCAGAACUCCCUAUGGUAACCGUGUCUGGAGUGUGGCACUGGCAGACUGGGGAAAGAACAGGAAUACUGGCCAUGAUUCCCUUGCCCUGAGGUUCUCGGGCAUCCGCUACAGCCAUACCAGACAGGAACCAAGCGCCCCAUUAUGGGCAUCGUUUCCUGGUCUGUCUGCAGAGGUAGUACCUCUCGCUGCCUCCAGGAGAGAGCGCGCCGGGUACCCUACCGACUGACACAUGUCCCAAGCCCUAGCUGGCCUUCACUCUCUUGACGGUCUUUCCUUUACAGUCAAGGACUAAGUUAGAGGUCUUUGGAGAGAGAGAAUAAAGAGAUUAUUUUCAUUAUUUUUAAAAGGAGGUUUUUGUUUUAAUUUGCACAGCUGCGCACAGGGGAAAUAACUUAGGCACUUUCUGUUUUUGUUUUUUAAAUAAUAAGGUCUCAUGGCUUCCCUAAGAAUCCACAAUAACAAAAACAGCCCACCAAUCAGAUAGCGAAGCCUGUUAUUAAUGAAGCUGCAGAUCCACACCCUUGACCUAAACCCUGGUGGGUUGAGGCUCUUCGCCACCACGCCCUUCUGGUCGUCAGCUUCCUCCCUAAACGGAACACUGGAUAUUCCUGUUGACUUCACUGAUUGUAACUACAAAGGUGGACUCCGAGCAAAGCACAAUCUCACAGCUAGUCCAGAAUUCCCUAGAGACCUCUAAGACCAUGAGGGAAGAGGGUCUGCAAGCAGGGCAACCUGGCCAGCUGCAGUCUCCCAGGAAACCAGUCACGUGCUGGCCAUCCUGGGGAGGCCGCUGCAUCUUUCCACAGAUCUUCCCUGACGAUUCUGAAGAUUGGAUUUUCCUUUUUCAAAAUGCACUUUGCUUUUUUUUUUGUAUGUUUUGUUAUGUUGAGAUGUUUCUAAAGAGAAGAUUUUAUGUAAUUAUAAGAGGAAGUGUAGUGAAUUGUACAGCUGUUGUAAUAAUGACCUAUUUCUAUAAAAAAUAAAAUUGUACGGAUUAUGUGUAAAUUAUUUUGUAUCUGAGACACCAGUUCCAUUCCCAAAUAUGAAAGUAUAAAGGUUUCCUUGUGUUUUUCUGUGAGUGAACAUUUUGUAAUAAAUUAACAAGUUUGUACAA